GCGAUAAAUAUGACAUUUUCUCUGCCCUUUUGCUCAAAUGAGUGGAGUGCCCUACCUAAGUGCCAAGACCGUCUAACUGCAAACGGAGGUACUAUUCUUCGAGCUCGACUUCAUUCUUGAGCUCAACACCACUCAUACGUGCCCUCCACACCUCUAACUCUCGACAUGUCUGACGUUAAUCGACCCCAAAACUCCACGGCCACCACUAGCAACUCCCUUGUCUCCGCCCUCGCGCGGCGCGAAGCCGCCUUCAAAGCUUCGGACCUCUCCUCCAAGCCCUCCGGCCACGAACGCCUCUCUAUACCAUUCGAAACCCGCAUCAUCCUCGGUACAUGUGUGUCUUUUGGGACUGGGGCCUCGCUUGGUCUUCUCGACGGCUCGCACAUGGCCGGCCUCGUCUUCCGCGCCGAAAACGCACACCGCCUCCCGACCACACACACGGGCUGGUACUUCUACCAUAAGUCGAAGAACUACGCAAUGAUGAUGGGUGGGUUGAAGGCUGGAGUACGGGGCGGGGUGCUGGUGGGCGCGUUCGGGGGUGCGUUUAUGCUUCUGGAGGAGGCUGGUGAUUGGAUUCGGGGCACGCGCGAUUUUGCGAAUAGUGCGUUUGCGGGAACGGUGAUUGCGACCGGGUACGCGGGUAUAAAGGAUUUGCCUAGGAUGACGGCGUUGAGGACGGCGCGGAUGGGGUUCGUGGUGGGUGCUGGGUAUGGGGUUUUGCAGGAUGCGUUGAGUUUGGCGAGAGGAAGGAGGGUUGGGUGGAUUGACUUUCUGACGGGGAGGAGGGGGGAUCGUAUUGACGAAGAUGAUGCAUAUUGAAGAGAAGACUGGAAAUUUAUCAAGGUCACCCGAAUGCUUCGGGCGUUAGGACAGGGCCACCAGGUGUUACCAUCCCCGGGUGACAUGGUCAGAGAAGAUGGCUCACGGCCCGCCUUCGAACGGAUUAAAUGCUGGCGCCUGAGGCAGUGACAGUACGAGAAGUGCAUUCACGAAUACAAGGGGCGGCUGGUAGCUAAGGUACUACACGAAAGAGAAACAUUGAACAUAUGGUAACUGAUCCCGAGAAAGAUAAGCAGGAGGACACAUGAAUUCGCUCAAAAUGCUAUUGGAAUUGGGAAAAAGAGUCACCACAGACCACCCGACACUGCUGAGA